AUGGGGACUGACGCAGAGGCGGCAACAGAGCUUAGGGAGCGCGAAUCCACACCCGAAAUCCGUUUUCGGAAUUACGUUCCAAAGGAUCCGAAGCUCCGACUGUUCUGUCUUCCAAGGCCGUCUGUCGACGAGCUUGAAAAGCAAAUAGCCAAAGAGGCUCAGGGCGCCGUUCAGGCUGCGAAAGAAGAGGACAUCCUCUCUCAAGUGGCACCACGCCGGCCGAAUUGGGACUUGAAAAGGGAUGUUGAGCGAAAGAUUUCAGUUCUAUCUCGUCGCACAGACAAGGCAAUCGUGCAGCUAAUUAGGGAGAAGAUCGAGCAGAGCAAAACCACCAAAGAGCUACUGAAGGAUGACCAUGUGGGGAAGAAGGAUUUUGAGACAUCGGCAGAAAAUCUCACACGUGAAGAAUUAGAAAUCGGGCAGUCUGUGCUGACUGCCAUGAACGAAAUUGACAAAUUAGAGGACGAUGAUGAUGCGUAG